UUCACUGUUCAAAAGGACAAAGACGUCGCUGUCCUCCUGGCUUCUAUUGCUCUCAGAAAACUGGAAGAAUUUUUACUCCUUGUCCCCCAGGGACUUACAACCCCUCCUAUGGAGUCAGCCAGGCUGAGAGGUGUCUGCAGUGCCCUGCAGGAAUGUUCUGUGGAGAAUGGGGAUUAUCCUCUCCAAGUGGUCCCUGCUGGCCAGGAUUCUUCUGUACAGCAGGAGCAAGUGUCCCAAACCCCCAUGGAGCCACAAACACGAGCACUAGUGGCCCGUGCCCACCUGGACACUUCUGCCCAGCCGGCACAAGUAUCCCACAGCAAUGCCCCGUGGGCACUUACUCGGACGGGCUCUCCAGCUGGCAGGACUCCAGCUGCACAGUGUGUCCAGCUGGCCACUACUGCAGCUCUGCUGGCCUCACGGCACCCUCGGGACCCUGCUCAGCGGGACACUACUGCCUGCCUGGAGCCUCCUCACCAUCGCCAGCCGGAAUGUGGGAGAAAGGAGGCCCUUGUCCUGUGAGCCACUUCUGCCCAGAAGGAAGCAACUUUCCCUUACCCUGCCUUGCAGGGACUUACAACAACCUCACCAGACAAGCUGCGUGCUUCCCUUGUGCUGCUGGCUACUACUGCCCAGAAAAUACCACCAGCUACAGUAUGAAUCCUUGCCCAGCUGGCUUUUACUGCCCCAAAGGAACCAGGUUUGCCACUGAGUUUCCCUGUCCCCGGGGCUACUAUAACCCUGAGCCCAUGACCCAGAGCUUGGAUAGCUGCUUGCCCUGUCCGCCUGGGCACUACUGUGGGAAGGAGAACUUGACUGCUGCCUCGGGCAAGUGUGAUGCCGGCUGGUUUUGCAUCUCAGCUGCUUGGACCUCACGGCCUUUUGAUCUGGAUAAUUACACCAAUGCCAACUGCCUCUGUCCAGCCACUGCCACUGGAGGGAAGUGCAUAGCGGGUUUCUAUUGCCCCAAAGGAAGCCCUGAGCCUCUUCCUUGCCCUCCGGGGUUUUACUGCAAUGCCUCAGGUCUGUCUGUCCCCAGUGGGGAGUGUACUGCUGGGUUUUACUGUACAGGGGGAGCAGCUCUCCCUAAACCAACAGAUAAUGUGACUGGGAAUAUCUGCCCCAUGGGGACUUACUGCACUGCAGCAUCAGCAGUACCCACGCUCUGCCCAGCUGGCACCUUUUCCAGCCUCCUAGGGAGGAGAACGCUCUCUGAGUGCCAGCCUUGCCCCUCUGGCUUCUAUUGCGAGGUACCUGGCCUCAGUGCCCCAACUGGAGAGUGCUGGGAAGGCUAUUACUGUGACAGCCAACAAGGGCCAGUGAUUGAUUUUACCCUUUACCCGUGCCCACAAGGUUUUUACUGCCCACCAGGGACGAACAGGAGCACUCAGUACAGCUGCCCUGCGGGAACCUUUGGACCAAGGCAAAAACUGAAAACUAUUAAGGAAUGUCAAAGAUGCCCACCAGGAAAAUACUGUGAAUUCUCUGGACUUGCUGCCCCAACAGGAGACUGUGCUGAGGGAUUUUGGUGCAAAAGUGGUGCCCGAGUAAGAAACCCCCAAGAUGGAGAAUCAGGACUUCCUUGUCCUCCUGGUCAUUACUGUCCUGAAGGUGCCCCGCUUCCAUUGCAGUGCCCUCCUGGCACAUGGUCUGGCAGCGAAGGCAGUGGGAGUUUGCAGGAAUGCCAGCCUUGCCCUGGGGGAUAUUAUUGCAAUAGCUCUGGCCAGAGCGCCCCCUCCGGGCACUGCAGCGCAGGGUACUACUGUGUCACUAGGGCCCAGACCCCGACGCCCACCGAUGGCCUGUCAGGAGCUCCGUGUCCAGUCGGUCACUUUUGUCCUCUUGGAUCCAGGAGUCCAGCACCGUGCCCCCCCGGCUCCUACUCACCACACAUCCGUGGAGAGAAGUGCCAUGCUUGCCCAGAGGGCGACUACUGUGUCCCUGGCGAGAAGCCACAACCCUGUCCCCCGGGGUAUUUCUGUCCCAAGGGCACAGCUCUUCCAACUGCUUGUCCGGCAGGGUCCUACAACCCUUCGCAAAGGCAAGCCAGCUGCCUGCCCUGUCCCGAAGGGUUCUUCUGCCCCAAAAAUUCCUCUUCCUUUUUGGAGAAUGAAUGUUCAGCUGGCCACUACUGCCCUACUAGUACUGCUUCUGCAACUCAGUUCCCAUGUCCAAAGGGGACUUACAACCCACGGACUGGAAGCAGCCUGGUGUCUCACUGCACCCCCUGUGACCCAGGGCACUACUGUGCACUUGCAGGGCAGUCACGUGUCACAGGACCCUGCUUGGCUGGGUUCUACUGCAGGGGGGGUGUUUCUACUCCAACACCUACAGAUGGUCUUCUGGGAAGCACAUGCCCAAAGGGAACUUACUGUUCUACCGGCUCUGCCUUUCCACAACCGUGUCCUCCUGGUCAUUACAGCAACUCAACUGGGAAUACUGGGGUUGAGGACUGUCUCCUGUGUGAUGCAGGAUAUUUCUGCAAUGGGGCUGGACUUUUGUCUCCGACUGGAUUAUGUGAGGCUGGAUUCUACUGUAGUGGAGGAGCCAUUUCCCCUAAACCUCCCAGGACAACCGUCAGUGGAGGGCCAUGUCCACCUGGACAUUACUGUGUGGUGGGGAGCAGCAGCGCCCAGCCGUGCCCUGCAGGGAGUUACAGCCCAUCCUGGAGGAUGAGGCAGUGCUUGUCGUGCCCAGAGGGCUUCUACUGCACCUCCACCUCCUCCAACUACACUGAUUGCCCUGCAGGUUAUUAUUGCCCCCAGAAUACAGAAUUUGCCACGCAGUAUCCUUGUCCCCCUGGAACCUACAGUGAAGCUUUAAAUAUCUGGGAUGCUUCCAAGUGCCAGCUGUGUCCUCCUGGAAGGGUCUGUUCCAAGCCAGGCCUAGCAAGACCAGAUGGACUGUGCACGCCUGGAUGGUUUUGUCCACCUGGAUCCACGUCAAGCAAACCAGUGUUUCCUGGAAAUUACUCUGCAGGCAUGGCAGCUCCGGCUGCUGGAUCCAUUGGGUUGUGCCAGGCAGGAACCUUUUGUCCUGCUGGUUCGUUUCUUCCUCUUCCCUGCACUCCAGGUUUGUACUGUGCAACUGCAGAGCUGGCAGCCCCGUCGGGUCCCUGCGAGGCUGGCUUCUACUGCACGGGGGGCUCCACGCUCCCAAACCCCAUGGAUGGAGCAGUGGGAGACAUUUGUCCUCGAGGCCACUUCUGUCCUGCAGGGAGUUCUUCUCCAUCUCCGUGUCCCCCAGGCUCCUUUUUGGCUCAUCGUGGUGGCCAGUCAGCACAGGAUUGCCAGUCCUGCAUCCCAGGGUGGUUCUGCUCUCAGCAUGGUCAGAAGUCCUCGGAGGGCUUGUGUAAAGAAGGAUGGUUUUGUCCAGAGGGCUCUGUGUCAGGCCAGCAUUCAGACUGUUUGUGUCCUGUGGGUCACUAUUGCCCCACUGGCAGCCCAGAGCCCAUACCCUGCCCCUCUGGAAAAUAUCAGGACCAGGCUGGUAAAAGCCACUGUGAAACAUGCCCAGCAGGAAUGUUCUGUGCUCUAAAAAACUACCCAGAUGAUCUCCAAGAGAACUUUUCACACGGUGUGGUCAAACCAAUAGAAUGUCCAGUGGGAUUUUACUGCCCAUCAGGAACAAAGGCUGCUGAUCAGUACCCGUGCCCAGAGGGCACCUACAGCGACCAGGCUGGGCUGGGAAAUCCCAGGCAAUGCAAGCCUUGUCCUGGAGGCAUGUUUUGUGCCGGUGCAGGACUCUCGUCCCCUAGUGGUCCCUGUUUGCCUGGGUAUUACUGCACUUCAAAGGCACGUACACCCAAUCCUGUUAACGACGAGGCGGGCAGUGUUUGUCCCGCGGGCCAUUACUGCCCACCAGGUAGCAGCAAGCCAGAGCUAUGUCCCACUGGCACGAUUUUACCUCAGUCUGGGAUGGGUCACCGUAACGCCUGCCUGCCCUGCCCUGGGGGGAAGUUCUGCCAAGGAGAAGGCCAAGCCAGUGUUUCUGGAACGUGUUACGCUGGGUAUUUCUGUGAGCUUGGAUCCACGCAGCCAGAUCACAAGCGCUGCCCUCCUGGUUUCUACUGUCCUGAAGGCUCUGAAUCCCCAAUCCCGUGUAGUCCUGGAAGCUUCAACUCUGAGAGUGGACAAUGGCAGUCAGCAGACUGUCAGCUCUGCCCAGCUGGAUACUUCUGCAGUGGUUCUGGAGCCCACACCCCUGAGGUGUGUCCUGCUGGGUACUUCUGUCUGCCCGGUACCACCUUCAGUACAGAGCACCCGUGUCCGAAGGGUACCUUUGGCCCCAGGACUGGUGUCACUAGCCAGGCUGACUGUGAGCCCUGCCCAGCAGGCAUGUAUUGCUCAGCACCUGGCCUAUCCCAGCCUUCUGGAUUUUGCUAUCCGGGUUAUCACUGUGCCAAGGGAGCCAUCAGCCCAGCCCCCUUCAAACACAGGGUGGAAUCUUCCAGCCUUGGUCUGCCUGGUAACGACAUCUGUCCUGUGGGGCAUUUCUGCCCCCGGGGUACAGGGUACCCCAUGCCCUGUCCUCCCGGAUCCUUCUCUCCCACCGUGGGCCUGGAGGCGGAGGAGCAGUGCCGGCCCUGCCCGGCCGGGCGCUACUGCAGCGCGGCGGGGCUGGCUGGCCUGGCCCAGACCUCGCUCUGCAACCCGGGGUAUGUUUGCCUGGAAGGAAACUCUGUGCCCUGCCCUUCUGAUGGGACUCAUGGAUACAGGUGUCCCAGUGGCUUCUACUGCCCUGCAGGCACUGGGCUAGAAGUGCCCUGUGAGCCUGGCACCUUCAGCCCUGCGCCUGGGGCCAGUGCCUGCCUCCCAUGCCCGGCCGGUAUGGCCUGCAGCAACGCCACCACUGUGGAGCCCCUCAGCUGUCCCAGAGGUUACUACUGUCCAGCUCAGACCGCUGUCCCCCUGCCAUGCCCUGAGGGGACGCUGAACACCUUGGAGGGGGCACUGGCCCCCAGCGCCUGCAAGCUGUGCCCAGUGGGGAGGUACUGCAGAGGAGAUGCCAACUGGGAACCUGACGGUCUGUGUUCAGCUGGGUACUACUGUGAAGGAGGAGCCACUGAUGCCAUUCCACGUGGGACACCUGCGUUCCCACUCAAUGGGCCCUGCCCACUGGGGCACUAUUGUCCAGAAGGGACUCAUUUCCCAGUUGCCUGCCCAGUUGGGACGCUGAACAAUGCCACAGGUGGUACCUCCCCAGAGAGCUGUGUGCCUUGCUACCCUGGGUCUUUCUGUGCUAGCGUUGGUCUGAGUUCUCCGACAGGACCUUGUACUGAGGGGUUUUACUGCCCAGCCAACUUCAGCUCCAUCAGCCCCACGGCUUUCCUCUGCCCUAAGGUACUGCUCAGGGACAGCUGGGCAGGGAAGGAGGGUCACUUCUGCCCGUCAGGGGCAGCCCACCCCACGCCGUGCCCCGCUGGGGAAUACCAGCCAGCCAGGGGCUCUGCAGCCUGUGUUCCAUGCCAGAGGGGCUUCUACUGCCAGGAGCUGGUUGCAGGAGACCCCAAGCGCUGCCCACCACACUCCUACUGUCCUACAGGCACACAGGUUCCUCUCACGUGUCCUGAAGGCACUUUCACUCCUGAAAACAUGACUGGCCUCUGGAAUGAGAAGGAAUGCCUGCCAUGCUUACCUGGUCACUACUGCAGGCAUGGGCGGCUGGAGGGGAAAUGUGCUGCUGGGUACUUCUGCCUUGCUGGGAGCUCUCAAUCCACCCCCCAGGGCCAUGGCUUUUCCUGGCGCUUCCCAUCUGGGUGCCACUGGGGUCAGGUGUGUGCGGGGCUGUGUCCUGCAGGUUUCUACUGCCUGGAGGGAUCUGAGCUACCUAUAGCAUGUCCUGCCAAUACUAUUAGAGCAGUUCCAGGCGCUGUGAAGAGAGAAGACUGCCUGCCCUGUCCACCAGGCCACUGGUGCAAAACAGGGGAUUCAGAGGCCUACCCAUGUCCGUCAGGACACUAUUGCUUUGGAAGCAAUGGCAGCGACCAUAGCAGUCUCCUGGCACCUCAGAAGUGCCCUCCGCAAACUUACCGCAAGCACCCGGGAGCUCAGAGCCUGACAGAUUGCCAGCCAUGUCCUCCAGGCUACCACUGCCCUUUAUCAGGUCUGACCAGGUUUGAGGAUUAUCCGUGCCCCCCUGGUUACUGGUGCCCUGGUCAAGGGGACACUUUCCUGUGUCCAGCUGGUACUUCCAGGAUCCAGCCUGGUGCAAAGUCAUUGGAAGAGUGUGAUCCCUGCUCACCUGGAUACUAUUGCCCGGAUCCAGCGCAGACAGGGCUGCCUAACACCCGAGGAGUACCCUGCAAACCUGGCUACGAAUGCCCAGCAGGUUCAGUAAAUCCGAAGCCUUGCAGGCCUGGAUUAUACUGUGGUGCUCGCACAGCCGUGCCUUCCAUGUGCCCUGCUGGGUAUUACUGUCCCGAAGGAUCGUCGACAUAUAAUAGCCCUGAGCAGCUGUGUGUGUUUCCCUACUACUGUCCCCCAGGCAGUGGCCAUCCACUGCCUUGUGAAGGAGGGUACAUGGCCCUCAGCUCUCCUGGUCCAAGGGAUUCAUUUGAGAAAUUCUGCAGAAUCUGCGACGCAGGCACCUAUCGCAGCGACUCCCUCAUCACAUCACCCUGCCAGCCCUGCCCAGCCGGCUUCAUCUGCCCCCAAGGCAGCGAGAGUUACCACGGGAAGCCUUGCCCCAGUGGCCACUACUGCCCUCCCCUGGCAUCUGCCCCCCUGCCCUGUCCCCCGGGCACCCAUGGCAGCAGCAGCUUUGCGAAGCGCAUCGAGGAUUGCCAGGCUUGUCCUGCUGGCUCCUUCAGUCACCUUCCUGCUCAGGCUGCCUGUUUCCCCUGUGGCAGCUCUUCUUCCUCUCAGCCUGGUGCUACCAGCUGUACCUGCCGCGGGCUGAACCGGGCUUUCCAGCACUCAGAUGCCUCCUGCAUCUGCCAGGCAGGUUACGUCUACUACGAUGAGAGGGGCAGGGAAGACCCUGACAGCAACAGCGAUCAGGACUGCCAACCUCAGGUGGACGAGCAGUGUGCUCCUGGAGAGGUCCGUCUGGCAUCUACGCGCCAGUGCGUUUUUCCUGACCGAUAUGACUGCUCUCCUUCUUGUGGGCCUGCAGGUGGAGAGAUUAACGCAGAGCUGGGCAUAUGUCACUGCAAGCAGUAUGUCUCUGCUGAGGAGCUCUGUGAUCAGCUGUGUGUGCUGAGAGCCCCACAGAUCUCCUUGGGAUUUGGCAUCAAUCGAAAGCUGCUUCUGAGGAUGAAUGAAGGAGAAGUGAGGGAAGUGCCAAACGUUCUGGGCCCGGAUGAACACGUGCAGAAAAGCCAGCGGGUGCGUUUGGUUCUGUUUAGUCCCAGCGGAGUGCUAGGUUUCAUUGUCUCCAGCACAGAUGUUCUGGAUGCGUUUCUCACGGGAGAUUUUUCGUCAGACCAGUUGCUGCAGAAGGGUCGUCGAGUCCAGAGGGCUUCCUCCAAAGGUAUCCAGGCCUUGCCCCUUGUUCCUAACCCAGUAGUAUGUUUGGAAGCAGGAGACACGAUCCUUUUCCAGCUUCACGUCGAUUCCCACAAUCGCGCAUCCAGCCAUUACCCUGUUUAUCAGAAGCAGCAUCUAUAUAACAGCAACCCAAGCUGGGAUUUUGGAGCCUUCCGAAGGCUAGACCACCUCAUCCAGGAGACUCACCUCAACAUCUCCUGGUUCGCCCAUGUUUUCCUGGAGUCUGGGACGUAUGUUUUCAGGGAUAGGACCAUUCAGGAACAUUUCCUCAUUGUGACGGUGAAUGAAGCAAAUGUGGGCUGUGACCCCAGAGAUGUGUCCUUCCAGCCCUCUUCUCUGUUCCAGCUGGCCAGACAUGGAGUUUUGAAGCAACAGGAUCUGAACUUGGCUCCUAACUGGGCUGCUAUCACAGUGGUCCUCUUUGUUCUGGGCUUCCUAACUGUGGUGCUGACAACUCUGGGUAUAGUGCUCCAGCCUACUGUCCCCAUCAUUAGUCCCCUGGAGAGCUGGAAGCCAAGGUGGAGGAGCCUGGGCGAGCCACAUGUCCCACCAGAGUGCAUCCUCCUUAAAGACAGCCUGCAGUUCUAUCAGACAGUUGGCCCUCGUGGUUCUGGAGAAGAUGCUGGCUUGGGAGAGAAAGGAGCUGUGCAUAAUGCAGAAGGGCGUCCUGCACUGAAGGUUCUGGAGGAUUUCAGUGUUCGCACCCUGUAUGAUAAGCUGGAAGAUCAGAAUUUGCACCUGGCAUCUCAGCUGGCAAAGCACAGGACGGACGUGCUGGUGUUUUACAACGGAAUCAGCCAGUGCAUCCAGAGUCUCAUGGUCAGUGUGAAGAAACAAUUGAGGGAAAGGAGCCUUGGAACCGUGAUGUUUAACACGGUGCAAGCGCUGGACUCUGAAGGCCUGAAAAUCUUUUCCAGGCAAAGGAUUUGUUGGCAUAAACAUGGAGAUAGCAGCUGGGCAGCAGCAGGUGUUGAGCAAUGUGAUGAAUGUAGUAACAACUUCCAAGCAGGUGCUCCCUGGCAAGAGGCAAGAGAGUUAAUGAAAGCUCUGGAAAUGCUGCUUGGGAACGCUCGGUACAAGAAUGUAACUGUGAAACGAGAGAUGGAACAGAAGCUCCAAGGACAGGACGUGGUGGCAGUUGCACCCUCACUGGACAGCUUAGCCAGUGAAAGUGAAUCACAAGUAGUGGAAGGGCAGGAUCAUGAGCUGCCUCAGCAGUGUGAGCUCUUCAGUAGGAAAGACGUGUUGUUCAGCUUCCCUGGACAUGAAGAACAUGGUUUAGAUCUUCAGCUGGCUUACCUGACUGAGUUGGAGGUGGAGGCCCUGAUAGCAGCUUCCCCCCUUGCCAAGACCCUGUGUGAGAUCAAGCAAGCUUUGGUGAAUCUGCAGCAACCCUCAGACCUCGUAAAUCCAGAUGGGAAACAUCAAACAAGCGAGGGGAGCUCUGCCCUCUCCUGAGCUGCUGGAGUCUUGGACCACAAAGAGGGAUGAAGUUCUGCUGCUGGAAAUAAGAGGGGCUGCAUUGCUCGGAGGAUUGAUGAGAUGGAAGCAGAAGUAUUUCAUCUGCUGCGAAGUAAAAUAGCCACCAGCUCGUUUCCUUGAGGAGCCUAGCUAAUCCUUGGCAUGACUGAAGGCGGACUAUGGGAGAGUGUGUGUGUCUGUGGACAGACUUGCAGUACCUGAAGUAUCAGAAAGAUACAUAUUUAGUUAGAGAUGUACUUGGUCAAAUAUAUAAUGAAUAAUCCGUAUUACGUUUGCUUAACCUGGUUGAAUGCUUUCACACCUUGAAAUAUCCAUCAUUCGUAGGCUUGAGAAGGAAGCUGAGGUUCUUGAUGUUGUUUACUAAUUUUAUAGGUGUCAUUGUUAAGUCAGUAAAGCAGAAAACGUGUGAGGCCAUGGGUGGUGACAGAGCCCCCGCUACCAAUGCGUUCUGUAUAGCCUCUAUGAUCUCCAAUGUAGAGGAUAUUUGGGAGGGUUUUUCAAUUACAGUUUAGAGCCGUAUUUCUAAGCCUUGCCCAGCAUCUCUACGUCGCCUGUUCACGUUUUAGAUGUACUCGUGUUGAUCUCAGUAAGACCUACUGGUAGAGAGCUUGGAGGUCUCUGAAAAUGUGAUUAUUUUUUUUUUUUUCCCCCUUUUUUUGAGCAAGAGUGCGUUUAAACUAUUCCCUGUAGUGGUGACUGCAGGGAUCAGUGUAGCUGCCGGUGUCCAGUGCUCCUGCAAGCCUGACUUAUAAACUGAAAAUAUCCUUCCUACUUCUUUUGGCCUGUCUAUAUGAAGGCAAAAGAGCCUGGCUGUGAAGAGAGAUUUGCUUCUGUGGAAUGGGAGUGGAAUCAGAACACCUGCUCCGUCUCUUCCUGUGCAAUAUUCCCUCAGCUCCAAGUGCAGCAACACAAAAUUUCUUGACCGUGAGCCAGCACAGUACCUUGGCAGCCCCCACAGGUAGGCUUCAGCCAACUGUUCCCAACAGCAAAGCCUAUUCUCUUCUCAUUGCAAUAUUUACUGAAUUGCUUAUGUGUGAAGAGGUUUGUGAACCCACUCCUUCCUGGUUCCUAGACACAAAUCCAUUUUUUACUCCUUCUGCCUUUGCAUAACCAUAGUGGGUAUUAAGAGAGUGAGACUCCAGCUCCCAGGAGCCAAGGCAGAAGCUCUCAGUUUUGCUUCCAUUAACUGGUGGCUCUGGUGGAUCUAGAGGAACCGCAAGGUUUUUUGCCCACAUCUACUCAUUUUAAUAGUUCCAUGUUUUCUGAGCUUGCUCCUAAAACCAAAAGGUUUUGUUCUUCUGCCGCUUCACCUUGGCAGAAUUUAGGUACUUAUUGACACUUUGAAGGGACUUGAAGAAAACGGGAAAAUACAGGCAAACACCACAAAACACCUGUAGGUCACUCUCUGCGAUUGCCUGUUCUAGAAUAUAGUAGUAAAAAAUACUGUCAUUGCUCUCCUCAUUGCUUGCUCUUCUGGUUAACAGCAGAUAUGCUUAUAACUACUACGUGGAGGUAAGCGUCUUCAGUGAUUGCGGCCUUUGUGAUAUCCACAGGGAAACGUGGUACCCAGGCAGGUGAUAAAGUUAUCUCUGUGACUUGUGGUUCCAGGUUAUAUUUGUAAAAGGCAGGGUGGAAGUCAGCAGUAAAUAAAAUAUGUCAAAUUUUUCAUUGUAACAGUUUUCCAAUGAGAACCAUUUUUUUUUUUGUUUGGAUCAAAACAAAGAUAUGCCUAUGGAAUUUUGCUGGAAGUUUUCUUUUUUUCCCCACUGUGGUUUUCUUAACAAGUACACUUCAGCUAUAAGUAAACACCUUUGAGUUUCAAAAUGGUUUGGGUCUUUUUUUUUUUUUUUUUUUUUCCUACAAAACAAAACUAUCAAUGAAAAGAUCAGAGUUUUACACGGUGUUUCUUUUCAUGAUUUGUUAAGAGUUUUUUGGAAAUGAAAGAACAAAUAA